UUUGGGCGGGCUUGGGAGCGGCGGUCAUUUUUCGAUUCUUCCUGCCCUGGCCAUGGCGGUGUUUCGAGACAUGGAGGAGGUGAGCCAGGGACUGCUCAGUCUGCUCAACCCCAACCGGGCCGCGGCGCGGGUGCGGCGGCUCCUGGGGCGGCAGGAGUGGAUGAUCGAGAGGCUGCUGGACACGAAGAAGAACACCCACCGGCUCCUCUCAGAGGUCCUUUCUAUGGAGGAAGAUGUGGCCCAGAAACUUAUCGAUGAGGAAGAAACAGCACAACAUGUUGAAUCCAAGUUACAGAAAAUUGAAUCUGAGCUUCAGAAGACCAUUGAGAAGGAUGCCAGUUUAAAGACUGAUCUCCAUCUGUUGACAAAAGAGCUGGAAGAACUCAGAGAAAUGGAACAAGACCUCAUGAGGACAGAGGGAGAAAUUGAUGAAGAUUCAACUGUUGUUAUCCCUUCAGCUAUAUACCUGUCUCAACUUUAUCAUCGAGUCAGUAAAAUUGAGUGGGAUUAUGAAUGUGAACCGACUAUGAUCAAAGGCAUUCAUCAUGGCCCCAACAUUGCCCAGCCCAUUCAUUUGGACAGCACCCAGCACUCUAAGAAGUUUAUCAGUGACUAUCUCUGGAGCUUGGUGGACACACAGUGGUGACCAUCCAGAGGCCUCAUUGUGUGUGGUGGUGGGGGUGAGAAAGGGACACAUGAAGUGGGAGGGUUUAGGAUGGGUAAUUGUAAAGUUUGUUUCAACAAGACGUGGUUUCCAACAUUCCUUUAAAUUAAAUCUAUUUUUGCUUUUGCUUUGUAUAAGA